GACAUCAGCCCGGCCUGGUGGCACCGUGGGCACUGCCAGGGCCGUGGGUGGCACCAGAGGUGACAGCUCUGCUCCGCCUCUGCCACCCGCGCUGGCAGCGAUGGCUUUGCUGAGACUGCUCGUCCUGCUGGCCCUCGUUGGGUCCGUGUGGGCCACCUGGGACACCUGCAGAGGCACCUGUGGGCUCUGGCCCAUGGUGUUGAACGAGAGCUCCGCCAUCCCCGAGUUCGGCUCCUCGCGCUCUGCCAAGGCCACCAGCCUGGAUGUCAACGCGGGGGCCUGGCCUGGCAUCGCCAGCAUCCAGGUCACCCGGGACAACGGCACGUGGCACAUGUGCUCGGGGGCACUCGUCAGUCGCCGCUGGGUCCUCACAGCCGCCAGCUGCUUCAGCGGGGCUGGGGAUGUCCUCAAGUGGAAGGUGGUGAUCGGGGCCACGGACCUGAGCCAGCCGGGCCCCGGGGCCGCGGAGUUCCAGAUCAAGCAGCUCCUGAAGCACCCGGCCUACGUGGCGGCCACGGCGCGGAACAACAUGGCGCUGCUGGAGCUGGAGCGGCCCGUGGAGUGCAGCGACUACAUCCAGCUGGGCUGCGUGCCCGACAGCUCCCUGGCAGUGCCCGAGCUCAGAACCUGCUACAUCGCGGGCUGGAGAGCCGCCCCGGACAGCGCCCCCGGCCCGCGCCCGCUGCUGCAGGAGGCCAAAGUGCGGCUGAUGGACGCCCAAGUGUGCAACAGCAGCCGCUGGUACGGGGGGGCCGUGCAGCCCCAGGAGCUGUGCGCGGGGUACCCGCGGGGCGGCAUCGACACCUGCCAGGGGGACAUCGGGGGUCCCCUGGUCUGCAAGGACAACGAUGGUGACUACUUCUGGCUGGUGGGACUGGCCAGCUGGGGCAAGGGCUGUGCUGGAGAGAAGCGGCCCGGGGUGUUCACCUCCACCCAGCACUUCCACACCUGGAUCCAGGUGCAGAUGGGAAUGGUGCUGCCGGACACGGAGGCUCCACCGCCCGAGCCAGAACCACCCACCCCCACCAUGGAGGAAGAGCCACCAGAAGAACCCGAAGAAGAACUGGAACCAGAACCAGAAUCAGCCCCCAAACCGGUACCAAUACCGGUACCGAUACCAGAACCAGAACCAAUACCAAAACCAGAAGAUGAGGAGGAAGAAAAACCAGGAACAGAGAAGUUGAUAACAAUUUCAUUCCCCAAAUCCAUCCUGCUGAGGUUAUUCACCAAUCUGCAGGAGUUCCUGGAGUUCCUGCGGGACAAACUGGAUUGAGCAGAGGGGGAGCAGCCCCAGGGCUGGCUGCAGGGGGGCACAGCCAUUCCCUGCUGGAGCUGUGGCUGUGCCAAAGCCACCCCAGUGCCCAGCUCUGCUCUGUCCUGCUCAUUGUCCCCCUUCCACCCACCCUGGAGAUGAGCUUCGGUUUGUUCUUGAAAUAGAGUUGUUCCCAAUUA